AUGAGAAAAGGGAGGGCGAAAGAGUGAAACGCAUUUUCUCAUUCAGCAGAGGUGUGGGACUUCACCCAGCAUAGAAGCAUCCGGACUGCGACCGUUUGGAGUUUGCCCAGUCGUAUGGACCACAAACUGGGAUAAGGACUAUCAAUACCAGGCGUUAUGACUGAAGGAGUGGACUGACCCGUGAUAGUUUUAUCCCUGCAAUCCAGAGACUGUAAAAAUACAAUAAAACCAUUAGUGACGCCAGAAGAGGCGAAGAUUUGUUGGAUAUCAGCUUGUGCCAGUGGAGGUUAUGAUUCUGUUUUGAUGAUUUGUGAUGACUCAGUUGAUCAGAUUUCUCUGGAGUACACCUGUGUUGUUAUCCAGGUUAACACUGGAAGUUCUCCAAAGAGGAGGAAUGGAGACGUGACGUAAGGACCCAACAUUCAAAAGCUAUUCCUGAUUAGCAAACUAGUCAUCUAUUAUUCCACAAGUUUGCGUGUGUUUGCAUUGGCUUACAUGAGCUUGUUUAUCAGGGUGUGUCUUUAUAGAUGUGUCCAGGUAGGUUAAAAAGGCUUUGUGGGGUUUAAAAGCAGGUGUGUGUUAGUCAGCCCUCCCUCAUCCUCCCUCAGAAUGGGAGAUGAGAGCAGCCAUCUCAUUCGCUGAUCAGAUCACGAACAGAUUAUCAGCCUAGAUGAGCAUUAGAAGAAGUCGAGCUCUGGGGUGUAUGAAUAACAUGUUCUGAACAUGUAGCAAGGUGAAGAACUGGUGGGAAAAGAAGCAAGAAGGCAACUAUUGUUGGUGGACUUUAUUCCAAACUUUUUGGUUGCUUUUUGGACUUCAGUUUGACAGAAUCUCACCAUUACACAGGGCGGUGCAGUAGAGCUGAUAUCACGACUGUAACUUCAACCAGAAGAUAGUGUUCUCUGCUUGCACUGACCCUGAAACGGGAUCAGCCGGAAUGACUUUUAAGGGAUACUACAUCUCUUUCUCUGACUGAACGUGUUGUUAGACCUAUUUGUGACUCUCUCAGUCAGCGCCACCAUGUAUGUGCUGUGCACACUGGUGUUGCUGUCUCUCCACAACCUGUUUAAGAGACCCAAGGUCCAGGAACCAUCUGAACCCAAGGCUAUCGAGGGUCCCGAGCAGCAAAGACCAGAUGUAACCAAACUGGGACAUAAGAAGAGGAACAAGCACCACUUGAGUGAAGGCUCUGGACCACUAGAGACCUCAAGAGUGUCUGGACAGCAUGACUCUGAAAGAUGCUUGGAUGGACCCAGCAAAGCAAGUAAAAGAAGAUCCGUGCACCUGGAUAAUGUGCAUGAGAGGAGGAAGAGAGCACAGCCGGUCCAGCGGUGUGGUCUGCUUGGCCCUGCGGUCAUGUACGGUACACGAAAGACCUGGGACGUCGGCCACACCCCCUGCCUGCAGGAGCUCUGGAACAAAGACCUCUCAUUGGAUGUUUCAGCGAGUUCCCUGGAUAUCCUAAUGAGUGAUGGUGAGGAGGAGAGCUCCUUCCUCUCGUUGCCCAACUCUGUCCUUCAGCGCCACUGUUUGACCUCUGACCUCUCUGAAACAGCCACCUCAGAACAGCAGCAGCUGCUCAUACAGACGCUGCAGGAGAGAGUUUGUGAGUUCCAGGCACGUUUGCGCAGCGAAGACGCCACAAAAAGACUCCUGCUACAGCGACUGCAGACACACGACCACCAGCUCAACCAAGACAUCCACCAGAACGAGGAACAUUCGUCCAUUAACCAAGAACCUCAAGAGCAGCUCAGACUGCAGGACAGCCAGCUCAACCAAGCUGUGUCACCUACAGGUGUGAGGAGCUCUAGUGUUUUGACACAGAGGCCUGUGGAUUUUCCCAGUGCUGUACAUGUGAGUAAAGUUCACUCACAGGAGCAACUGCAAAAAGACGAGGGAGAACAACUCACUCUCAUUACAGGGCUGCGCACACAGGUCAAGGAGCUGGAGGAGAAACUAGUGGAUCAGACGCAGGAGGUGGAGAGACUGCGCUCUGAGCUGGGGGCGACAGAUCUGGAGAAACAGCUCGAGGUGCUGGAGAGUGAGAACCAGCGGCUCAAACAGGAGCUGAGGGCCAGUCAGACCCAGACCACCUGCUCUACUGGCCACUGCCCACACAGCCAGGAUGUGGAGGCCCUGCGCGGAGAGCUGUGUCGUAAGGACGAGGAGUGCCGCGAGCGGGAGCGGCGACUGGCUGCGCUGGAGCAGCAGGUGCAGGAGAGGACGGGUGCAGUAGUUCAGCUGCAGCAGCAGCUGGAGGAGGCGGCGCAGCGCAGACAGGAGCUCCAGCAGCAGCUGGAAGAGGCGUCAUGUCUCAGGAGCCAGAGCGAGGAGCAGCUGACCUCUCGACUUCGUGAUGCUGAGGAGGCUCUGUCUCGCCAGGCUGCUCUGACACCACAGGUCAAGUAUGUAACCAAGACGGUUGAAGUGGAGUCGGCCCAGUGUAAGCAGGCUUUAAUGGAGGCUCAGGGCCGUAAUCAGGCGCUGCAGGAGCAGCUGAGUGUUCAGAGGCAGCUCCUCAGAGAGCUGGAGCAGCAGCUGCAUGAGUCCCAGAGAAGCAGCAGUCAGCUCCGCCAGCAGAUCCUGGUGUAUGAGGGUGAGAUGGAAAGAGCUCAGGGUCAGCUGGAGGCAGAGAUGCAGAGUCUGGAGGAGGAGAAGAACAGAGUGAUCGAGGAAGCUUUCAUCAGAGCAGAGAGCGAGAUGAAGGCCGUCCACGAGAAUCUAGCAGGUGUGCGGAUGAACCUCUUGACACUGCAGCCGGCCCUGAGAACCCUCACCUGUGAUUACAACUGUCUGAAGAGACAGGUGCAGGACUUCCCUUACAUGCUGGAGAAAGCCAUCACCGAGGCAAAGCAGGAGAUCUGUCAGGUGAUUGGAGAGGUGAGCAGUGCAAACCAAGAGCUGCUGCGCAAAUACAAGCGGGAGAUGAACCUGAGGAAGAAAUGCCACAAUGAACUGGUGCGCCUCAAAGGAAACAUUCGUGUGCUGUGCCGAGUACGUCCCGUAUGUGCUGGAGAAACAGAUGCUGCUGAUGCCAAAAACAUAGUGACCUUUGACCCUGAUGAUGAUGCUGUUCUCUACUUGUCUAAUAAGGGCAAGCUCAUGACCUUUGAACUUGACAAAGUCUUUCCCACUCAGGCCACUCAGGGGGAGGUGUUCCAGGAAGUGCAGUCUCUGGUCACUUCCUGUAUUGAUGGCUUUAACGUAUGCAUAUUUGCCUAUGGGCAGACUGGCUCUGGAAAGACCUAUACUAUGGAGGGUGUCCCUGAAGACCCUGGCAUUAACCAGCGUGCUCUGCGGCUGCUCUUCUCUGAAGUGUUGGAGAAAAAGCCUGACUGGGACUAUAAGAUCACCGUCAGCAUGGUGGAAAUCUACAAUGAGACCCUUCGGAACCUGUUGGGUGACAAUCCCAAUGAGAAGCUGGAUAUAAAGAUGUGUCCAGACGGCAGUGGACAGCUGUACGUGCCAGGACUCACAGAGUUCACCGUGGAGAGCGUGGAGGACAUUAACAAGGUGUUUGACCUGGGUCACAUGAACAGGGCGACAGCGUGCACCAAUCUAAACGAGCACAGCUCUCGCUCUCAUGCCCUCCUCAUUGUCACAGUGGCAGGUUUCAACUCUUCCACGGGCCACCGCACCUCAGGUAAGCUCAAUCUGGUGGAUCUGGCUGGUUCCGAGCGGAUUGCCAAAUCUGGCGCCGAGGGCAGCCGUCUGCGUGAGGCUCAGUGUAUCAACAAAUCACUGUCUGCGCUGGGCGACGUCAUCAACGCCCUGCGCUCCAAACACUCGCACGUGCCCUUCAGGAACUCGCGUCUCACGUACCUGCUGCAGGACUCGCUCAGCGGCGACAGCAAGACCCUCAUGAUGGUGCAGGUGUCUCCUCUGGAGAGUAACGUCAGUGAGUCGGUUUGCUCUCUGAAGUUCGCUCAGCGUGUCCGGUCUGUUGAGAUCGGGCCCUCGUCUUCCUCACGCCGCCAAGCAGAGACCUCCUCAACAUCCUCCUCUCCGACUCAUGACAGCGUGGAGCUGGACUCUCCUCCCGUGACCCCUGUGCCGCUCCCCAUCUCAAGGGCCAGCAGCGCAGGUUCAACCCUCUCCUCCAACUCUAAAACCCCCACAACCCGGCGGAGGUCCCACAGUCAGCUGUCCACAGAUAGACAGGUAGACAGAAGCAGCCCAUUGGUUGGGGACGGUGGGCAGGACGAAUGAAGUUGACUGCGUGAGGAACACCUCAAAGAGGGUCCAUCCUCCAAACCUCUCGAGCAGUCAGCUCCUUUCUUGAACGAACCAAUGAAAGACCUUGCUUGCUGCAGGGGAGGAGCUUAACCGGCAAGUCAGGGUUGAUGUUGGGAACUAUAAUGACUGAAGCGACGUUCCUUCUGAUCGGAACGACUAAUGUAAUUUUACGUGAUUGAAAACGAUCAACACUCCCGCUGACCUCUCAACAACACCUGCUGCCUCAGGAUGAGAAGACCCUUCUGAUAUGGCAAAGUAUUUCUGGGCAAUAACGCACUUUAGUCUAGCCUAAGCUGUCAUUUGUAAUGUUGAUGUUACAUAAAUGCGAUUUGAUUUCUAGAUGCUUGAAUGUACGUGUAUGUAUAUAUUCGUGUGUCUGAGCAAGAUUUUAAUUUUUAUUCCUUGAUCUUAAAGAGAUCGUGCUUUUCUUUCUCUUUUUUUUUCUGCAAGAACAAGUAAAUUUCACACCCUAUAAGCUUUGAACAGUUCUGUGUUUCAUAGUGGCAAUAAGAAAUAAUGCAAAUGUUCAAAUCUCAGUAGCAUUUUGUGUUUUUGUAUAUAGAAACUUGAAGGCCGUUGAAAGCCCGGACCGUCUUCCUGAUCCAUGCAUGCAUUCAGCGCUCAUUCAUUUUAGGACAAUCAUUAACAGUUUUUGUGCAGUGAAGUCAAACCAUGACGGUGUUCAGUGUUUGCUAAACAGAACGAGGAUUAGAUCUGUAUAUAGAGAUGCAUUCCAUGUGACCUGGAACGGUUUCUGGGGUCUUGCUUGCUUGUAUUCACAUUGGUGUACAUUUGUAUGCAGUUUUGUUUUUGUACACGGUUUUUAAUAAAUGCUCCAAACCAAACUUUGGGAGAAAUUA